AUGUGUUGCGAAGGCUCGUACGGAACCUGCGAUGCCACCGGCUACGCCGCGCACAUACACAGAGAUUCUAGACCAGAAAGAACUCCAAGACCAACUGCAGAGCCAGCAUAUACUCUACCCCCAUUACCACCACCGCUACCUGACGGGCCACCAGGACUUAGAGGGCCUAUUGGUCCUCCUGGACCUCCAGGGCCACCUGGAGAUCCUGGUUUUGAUGGAGAAAAUGGAUUGCCUGGUAUGCCAGGCCUUCCUGGACCGCCACCACAAGAUGUUGACGAGUACAUGCAACGUUCUAGGGCAAUGGUUAAAGGUCCAGUUGGAGAGAACGUAACCAUGUAUCAAGAUAUCCGGGUGACGAUGGGGCCUCCCGGUGAACCAGGAGCACCUGGAUUUCCAGGUGUUAUUGGUGCACCUGGGCCAAUAGGUCAAAGUGGAGUUAUCGGAGAUCCUGGGCCUUCAGGAAAUCCUGGAUCUAGAGGGCAUCCAGGGCCUGCAGGAAAUGAUGGGAAGGCUGGACCAGUAGGUAGACCUGGAUUGAAAGGUGCAAGAGGACCACGUGGAACGCCUGGAAUCAUGGGUGAAGCUGGACUUCCAGGAGCAAUGGGUUUGCGUGGAGAACACGGAGAACGUGGUGAUGAAGGUAUCAAGGGAAUGGCAGGUGAUUAUGGUCCAAAGGGACUUCCAGGGCCUGUGGGACCAAAAGGUUCAAUCGGCCUACAAGGCCAGCGUGGUGAACCAGGACCCCGAGGAUUUAUGGGUAUGUCAGGACCUAUGGGAGUAGAUGGGACAGAUGGUGUUCCAGGAGCCCCAGGAGAUCCUGGAGCACCGGGUCCCCAAGGUGCUCCUGGAUUGCAAGGCCCAGAAGGACCAAAAGGCCAACCUGGUCUUCCUGGACCAAAAGGCGAAGUCGGUUUUCCGGGAUCACGUGGAGAUCGAGGUGCCCCUGGGCCAUCUGGAAAUCCUGGAAAACAAGGCGCUUAUGGACCUGCCGGAGCUAUUGGUAAUAAAGGAGAACCAGGAGAUCGAGGUCACCCAGGAAAACCCGGUAUGAUGGGAAUCAGGGGUUUUUCUGGUGGAGAAGGAGAAGUAGGUCUCAUUGGUGCAAAAGGACCAGAAGGUUCAGUAGGAUUACAAGGCUCUCAAGGCUUACCUGGUCCGGAAGGUAUAAAAGGUCGUCGCGGUGAACGUGGUCCAGCCGGUCCGGUAGGGGAGCAAGGAAGCAGAGGGAUACGUGGUUCUGCUGGGCCGCCAGGUGCCCAGGGACAUGAAGGCAGUAGAGGCCUUCCUGGUCUGCGCGGCCCUCCAGGACCAGAAGGUCCACCAGGUGCAAUCGGGCCAGCGGGAGCUCCUGGCCUAACCGGUCCAAUUGGUGAGAAGGGAGCACAAGGAGAUAUAGGACCAAGUGGACUUAGAGGUUCGACAGGCCCUCGUGGUUCCGUUGGAAAUCGUGGACAACCUGGACCAACUGGUGAACCUGGUCCAAAGGGUCCUCUUGGAACCAUUGGUCGACCUGGUAUUUCUGGAGCACCAGGAAUUCCUGGCCCACAAGGUCCGCAAGGAGGACAAGGUCUACGUGGUCUGCCUGGAUCAAUGGGCAAGACUGGUGACCCCGGAUCAGUUGGAUCAAGAGGUCCUCGAGGCGACAGAGGGUCACGUGGUGAGCCCGGACCUCCAGGUCCAUUUGGCCCAUCCGGAGAAAAAGGCCAGAGAGGACAACCUGGUAAACGCGGUCCUAUGGGAGCGGAAGGACGAGUUGGCCCAGAAGGUUCACCAGGAACACCUGGAAAACCAGGUGACCCUGGGCCAGUUGGAGAGCCUGGACAAACUGGUCCACCUGGACCUCCGGGAGAACGUGGAGCUCCUGGUCAAAUGGGUCCACCAGGGCCCCCUGGGAAGGCUGGAGAGAAAGGAGCUACAGGUCCAAUUGGGCGCGAUGGUCCUAAGGGUGAAAGAGGAGAAAAAGGAGAAACUGGAGACAGUGGAACUACUGGAGUACCUGGACUAGCCGGCAACACAGGUCAUCAGGGUGAUAGAGGGCAACCUGGUGUACAAGGUGACCAAGGACCAGAGGGUCCCCUUGGAGAACCAGGUCCUCAAGGGCCACCAGGAGAAACUGGUCGACCAGGGCCACCGGGGCCCGCUGGACAGACUGGACCGAAAGGUGAAGCAGGAGAUCCAGGACCUGACGGACCUGCCGGUUCAGAUGGAAUGCCGGGUCUGCCGGGUCCUGCAGGUGCUAAAGGAGAACGUGGUGAUCCUGGAUUACCGGGUACGGUAGGACCAAUCGGACCUGAUGGUGAUCAAGGGCCUAGUGGAGCCCCUGGGAAAAUUGGACCAGCCGGACCACCUGGUAAUGUCGGUAAACCAGGUGAAAUGGGGUCACCAGGAAAUGCCGGUUUGCCUGGGAGAACAGGCUUACCUGGACCUCCUGGUAAAGACGGUCAAAUGGGGAAACAAGGUCCACGCGGUGAAGAGGGUCCUCGGGGACCAGAGGGCAAUCCAGGCAUGCAAGGUCCGCCUGGAUCUUCAGGCGUCAAGGGUCCUCCAGGAAGUAGAGGACCUAUUGGUCCAAUUGGCAUCAGAGGACCACCUGGACUUAUUGGACAGCCUGGACCACCUGGGAAACAAGGAAGUCAAGGGAGACCUGGUAAACCAGGUCCAGAUGGAUUCCAGGGGAAGCGAGGUCCUCCAGGUGAUAUAGGUGGACCCGGAGCUCCUGGCAGCAAGGGACCAGUUGGUGAUGAAGGGGAACCUGGAUCAAGAGGUGCAGCUGGAAACAUGGGUCUUACAGGUCCACCUGGUGAUGGUGGCCCUCCGGGACUUCCAGGAAGCCCAGGCUCUCGAGGACCUCAAGGACCAGUGGGUGAAAUAGGUUUAAAAGGUGAAACAGGUCUUCCAGGAAUUCCAGGAUCACUUGGACAACCUGGACCAAUGGGGCCACCAGGAAUUCAAGGUCCACCGGGUGAACCCGGUCCUCCAGGAAUUGAUGGUCCACCAGGAGCACCUGGUUUACCUGGACCACCAGGAGAAUUUAAGACGGAUUAUACAUCACUGUUUAGUCGCCGAAGAGAUUCAGACAGUGGACUAAUGCAAGCCGAUGAACCCAGUUCUAGAGGCAGAAGAAUACGACGUUCCUAUGAAUGGAGUGAUGAAGAUUACGAUCCAAGCAAAGAAACUGACCCUAAUGAUGAGGAGGAGGAUAUAUUUGAAGCUUUACGACAAGUUGGUCGACUUGUAAAUAGUUUGAAUAGUGGAAGUGGGACUCAAUUCAAUCCAGCGAGAACAUGUCAUGAUCUAAAAAGAGAUCAUCCAGAGAAAAAAGAUGGUAUUUAUUAUGUGGAUCCAAACGGUGGUCAUUGGAGAGAUGGAAUUAGUGUCUACUGUCGUUUAAGUGGAUUGGAAACUUGUGUAAGCCCAGUUACGGAACAAAUGCCAUCAGUUUAUAUGUCACCACAAUCAAAGGCGAAACAUUUAUGGUAUUCUGAAUACUUAAUGAAAUCGGAGAAUGCUCAAAUUGAAUAUCACAUGCCAAAAGACCAGUUAGUCUUCCUUCAAUUAUCCAGUGAAGUGGCAAUACAACGAUUGAAGGUGAAUUGUCGAAAUAUGCGAAAUAUACUAGAACAGUUGUCAUUAUUAAGUGACAGUGGUGUACUAAUACAAUUUAAUGAGACUAUACCAUCUUUGUCGAUUGAAAUUGAAGAAAACACAUGCUUGCAUCAACAAAGUGGCAGUCUACUAUUAACUGUACGCACAAAACAACCAACACUUCUACCUAUUCGUGAUAUUAGAAUAUCAACAAUUAGUUUAUAUGACUCAGAGAUAUCCUUAGAAGUUGGUACAAUCUGUUAUGGUGGUAUGGAUCCAGAACAAUUCAGUAUUUCAGACACGGACGGUGCUCACAACACUACUGGUGGUAGUAGCAGUAAUAAUAAUUAUAAUAAGGAAGAUUCUAAUCAGAAUACUGAAGCUAAUGAGAAUAAAUCAAAUUUUGAAACAGUUAAUUCAGAUUUCAAGGAUGUUAGUAGUAACAUAAGAUUAAUGUCUAAAAUGUUUGAGACAAUACCAUUGGAUGGUGUUCAUAUUGCUAUUAUUACUGAUGGUGAGAAUAUAUUACCGACAAAAAUACUGAGUAUUGAUAAUUCCCCUUUAAUAGAAUAUGCUUGUUACUUUUGUACAAGAAAAAACUUUUAA